GCGCUGGCCGCUCUCCUGGCGCGAUAACAACGACGCUGAGCUCAAGAGCAUCCGUCUCACCACCACCACCGUCAUCACCACUCGCAGCCAGCGUGAGUACCUCGAAGUGGCCCCCACCGCCCCACCACGCCUCGCAGUGUCGUCCCCUCGCCUGGCGCUCGACGUCGCGCCUCCAUCCCGAUGCGCGUCUCUGUCCGCCUUCUGAACCCUGCUUAGCUAACACAUCCCUCGCACGGAUGGGGGAUUGAGAAGCUGGACCCUUUUCCAGAGAUUCGCACACGAGCAACUCCCUGACAUCCCUCCCUUCCUCUUGACACUUCGCCAGAUAGUAUGGACGCAGUAAUGGAGCUUGCUCGCGCGGCGAGCAACCAUUCCUACCUUCCCGGUGGGACGCACGAUGCAACGGCCAACACAGACAACGCUGCCGCAUCGAGCUCGACCUCUGCCAGCGGUAGCAGCGGCGCCAACAAGCCCUCUCGAGGAGGGAGAGGAGGGAAGCGAGCGAAUGUUGGGGGCUCAGCAAGCGGGCGAAGGGGAAAGGCGGUCAAGAUAACCUCAGGAGGGGAUGCAGAGGAAAGCGGCCAAGGGCAGCCCGACGGCUCAUCAGCGGGAACGGACGCCAGCGCUGUAGCAGCAGCAGCAGCAGCAGCAACAGCCUGGGCUUCAGAUGGAGGGCACUUCGACGAUGCUCAACAGCAAUUUGUAGGCGCAGGCCCGUCUACGGCAGGCGAGUCCUCCUCUACCACCCUCGAAGCCGCCGACCCCGCCACGGCCCAAGGCGACAACGACGACGACCCCUCAGCGAGCGCAGGCGGUGCUACCUCUCCCAAUUCACGCGUCCUCAGCAGCACGAAGCGCGCAGCGCAGAACCGUGCAGCUCAACGCGCCUUUCGUGAGCGCCGCGACAAGCACGUCAAGGAGCUCGAGGCGCGAAGCCAGCAAUUCGAGACACUGCAGGCUUCGUACAAUGAGCUACAGACGCGAUACAACGAGGCGCUGGGAAUCCUGAAUGCACUGCGCGUGGAGAAUGAGAUGCUGCGUGGCGGUGCGGGUGGCGAGGGGAAUGGGGAAGCGGGAGGAGGUGGUGGGGAGCAAACGGGGCCGAGCGGCGGAGGAGCGAAUGAGUUCGAGGAGGAGAGGGGGCUGGAUGCCGUUGCCAGUGCGGCGGUAGAGGCGGCAAGGUUGACCUCGGAGGCGGAUGAGGCGGCUGAUGGUGGAGUCGAGCAGUCGGCGACUCAGGAGGGGCAGGGCGAAGAGGGAAAAUCGACUACAGCGCCUGCUCGAGGCAAGCGUCAGAAGGCCUAGUGAGCUGGUCAGAGGCACGGCAUGAUACCAAGGGUGACUAGACCGACGGUCGGGGAAGCGGGGAGGAUGAGAGAGGAGGAUGAAGAUCGGUGGUGUGACACCACGAUCUACGCCAGCGCAGCACAGCACACACGACGUCACAUGUUUCAUUUCAUUUCAGUCUCCAGCUCCACGUGUAAUAUCUCCUCGAUUGGUCAAAUCCAUCCUCUGAUUCCCUUCG